GAGGGGUGUAAAAGUACGCGGGCGCAGGAAACUAAAGAGUAUUUAACAGCUGGUGCAAAUUCCUGUGAGGGAGGCGGGAAAAGAGAAUUUACCAUAGAGUUUCGACGGAAUAGGAGGACACUUAAAAGAUCAACCGCGGCUCUCAGUUGUCAUUCUCGAUUCUUUCCGUCGUUGCUAUGAAACAGGCGCAUGCUGCCUUGGAAACUUAACUGGCGCUCAGAUCUUUCGAGAGCGAGGCUGCCGAGAAACGAAACCUUGGCGUGGCGGCGCCUCAACCAGCUGUCCUUUCCGUAGCUUCUUGCUGCUGAAUAGCAACUUGCCGUUAGAACAGAAGAGCCGCUUGAGCCAGAGGAAGGGGGACGAGGUUCCCGUUCCAAGCGCGGGGAAGGGUAUUAGUGGGGGCUGCUCUUUUGUUUGCGGAUUAUUUUAGUUUGAGACCUUGAAUAACCAUGCCUGUUCCAGAUGUUAUGUUCUGUGCACAACAGAUUCAUGUUCCACCUGAACUGCCAGAUAUUAUGAAACAAUUUACCAAAGCAGCUAUUAGGACCCAGCCACGUGAUGUUCUCCAGUGGUCUUAUGGGUACUUCUAUGCUUUGUCAAGAGGAGAGCCUCUUCCUGUGAAAGAACGUGUUGAAAUGCCAGUUGCCACACAAAAAAAUGAUACUGGUUUGACCCCUGGCCUCCUUAAAGUUUUGCAUAGACAGUUGUCUGAAAAGAAGACUGUGGAUUUAAUAGAGCUCCAUAAAAAAUGGAAGAAUUUGUGCUUACCAAUAGAACAACUGCGUAAUCUUCUUCGAUUAGACAGCUUUGAAGAUGGAAUAGAAUGGAUGAAAUUUUUUGCCCUUGGCUGUAGUGCUCUUGGUGGAACCCUGCUCAGUUCAAUGAAGCAUGCAUGUGAAAUUCUGACGAAUGAUCCAGAGGGUGGACCAGCCCGUAUUCCAUAUGACACUUUUACAUUUCUCUAUUCUUAUUUGGCUAGCUUAGAUGAUGAAAUAACAGAGGAAGUAUCCGAGUCUUUUCUCAAGUCUCUUAAAGAACAAGUGGCACGUAAGGAUUAUAUGGUUGGCACUGCAGAUUUUUCCACUGUAAAAUUGAUGUCUUAGAACAGGAAUAUAGCAAAACGUCAUUUCAAAUAUGUAAUAAAAUUAGAGUUUUCAUUAAUGUAAUCACUAACGUGCUUUUCAGUUUGUGAACUACCAAUAAAAUGUGUACCACCUGA